AGGGUUUACAGGGUGCUUCGCGGUUGCGUUCAGUCGCGCUCGGUAUUCUGCCUUCGAUACAGCGCGUUUCAAAGCCGUUCAUCAUACGUAGAGUGAGCAUUAUACUCUGCUGUGGCCCAGUGCAGCAUCUCCUAGGAUCGAAUACCCUGCCCGCCCCCGGAAUAGGUGCAGGUGAUUCGAGGCUAGUGCUCCAAUCUUUCGAGAGGAUGCAAUUUGAAGUGCGCUGAGAAGCGCUGCCAGGUGUAUAGCGCCCCUGCUACAACCUGUCAGGGAUCGUAGUACAGCGAGGGUUAUGUUAAUGUGGUACGACUUCCCUCCGCGUCCUACCGCGUCCUACAGUGCAAUCGGUUCGAGAUGAAGUGAAUACUCGCGAAGUGGCUAUGGUGAAGUGGACGAGAAGCAGCAGAAGCUGAAAAUUGAAGAAGGGCCCCCAGGCACGAUCUGAGCCAGUGCCGGAUGAAAGUUUGCUGUCUCGUAAGGAUACUAGUCGGUGCGUCCGUGUGUUUGUGUGUGCGAAAAAUCGGUUCGUCAGUGUUCUGUGUUUGCGAGAGUUGAUUAUUGAAUUAACCUGCCGAUGAUGCCGAUGAUGUUGUCGUUCGCUGCUGCCUGCGAGAGGAUGUCCUUUGCAAUUAUCGCAAAAUUACUCCCACCGGAAGUCGGUAGUGAACUCGCGCGCCGCUGGUGACAAAAUCGGGGGUGACACACAGUGCCGCACCGUGCCCCUUUCCCAGUCCGUAUAACGGAAUGGGAAUACACUGGAAUAAUUUAUAAGCUGCCCCCGUCGUGCACACACCUCCUCGCUUUACCGCGAGGUAUCCAAAGCACCGGAAAUCGGAAAGUUUGCAAGGACAUGACUGACGGCUGGAGUGCAGAAGUGAAGGAGCAUCGGGAAUAAUACUGGCGUCCUCGGCAGUUUGGCCGUUGGUACAUUCCGUUGGGACUUUGCAGUAGAGACGAUAAGUAAAAAAGACAGCAGGUGAAACAAUAUAUACACCCCGUUUUGUGUGGCCGGACCAGUCCCCCAGUCCGGUGCGCCGUAACAAUGAAUGAAAAGGAUUGUCGCGAUCACUACCGUUACGAUACGUACGUACCGUUGAUGAAGUCUGGUGGGACGAUGAAACCGGUCAAAACGGUACACUGUAGCAGCGAAACAAGUACCAUCUUGAAGGGCAGCACACAGACCACGAUGACCAAACACGGCACCACCACGAUACACGGCAGCCGAGAAACCGGGAGUGGCCGUGAUGACCGCGGACGGUCACGCUGUUGCUCCUCGUGCGGUGGUCGAGGUAGCUCGAGCUUUUGGGCGGCCCUGCUCACCAACCUUGGCAUCUGUACGCUAUUGCUGGCCUACACCCUCUUAGGAUCCUUCAUUUUUCUCGCGAUCGAAGGAGGCGCCUCGCAGAUGCAGCAACGCACGUUAGCGUCAACCAACCGGCACCAGAAGCAACAGCAGCAGCAGCAGCAGCAGCAGCAGCAACAGCAACCGAUCAACCACCAUGGCCGCCAUGAUACGGCUAACCUCACCUUUCCUCAGCUCAUCCUCCUGGAGGCCGUUGAGGCGCGCCAGAAGACGGUGGAGAACAUUUGGGACAUCACGGUGUCGCUGAACAUUUUGUACCGGGAGAACUGGACGAGACUCGCAUCGAUGGAGAUUGCUCGAUUUCAGGAGCAGUUCGUUAACCGGCUGCUGGAAGAGAUGACGCAGAUGAACAACAUGCACCAUGCGGCAGUUGCCGGGGCCGGCGGCAGUGGAACCAGCCACGACCUCGCGUACGGACAGGACAACAACUGGACAUUUGCUCGGGCGUUUCUGUACUCGCUUACCAUACUGACGACCAUCGGUUAUGGCAGCGUGGCACCCCGGACCGUUCUCGGCAGGAUGAUAACGCUGGCUUAUGCGGUGCUCGGAAUUCCGCUAACCCUCGUCUAUCUCUCCAGCACCGGCGGAAUGCUGGCCAAAGUAGCUCGAGGAGUCUUUUCACGUGUUCUUUGUUGCUGCCUGUGCUCCAACUGCGGCUAUUGCUGCUACGACGAGAAGCGCAUGGAGGAGAAAGAAAAGCGAAUGAAACGGAAACGGCAGCAGAUGGAGCUGCACCAGCAGCAUCAACAGCAACCACAUCUCACCCUAUCCGGCCAGGAACCGUACUAUGUGCGCUCCGGAUCACUCCAGAACAGCGUGAACUCACCCGAGAAGCAGCUUACCAUGCUGACCGCGGCAGCAUCCACGGCCGCACCCGAGAUCGACUCAACCAGCGGUAGCAACGAUAGCGAUUCCCGCACCUCGAUGCACGGGCUCAGCAUCCUGGCGCCGAUACUGCUGUGCGUGGCAAUGAUGUCCAUCUAUAUUGUGGUCGGUGCACUGACGUUGUUCCGGCUCGAAUCGCUACCUCUAUCCGAUGGUGUGUACUUUUGCUUUAUGGCGUUGUCCACGAUCGGGUUUGGAGCGCUCGCACCUGGCGGCCGCCGCGAGUCGACCACCACGACGUGGUUCUGUGCCGGCUACAUCAUGGCCGGUAUGGCCCUGACGGCGAUGUGCUUCAACGUGCUGCACGACGAGAUCCUGCACCGGCUCCGGCACAUGGUGGAGAUGCAGAAGGAGAUCCGCAAUCACAACGAGCAGCGUCGCUUUCUCGCCUCAUGACGCUAUGAAAAGAACACCAAUCUGUACCAGCGCAAUCCCACCGAGGAAACGUUGAUUACCGGUACUCCAACAUCGGUUAUCUUUACGCAGGAACCCGAUCUGGCCCAGCUACACAUCCAGCAUGAUUGCCACGCGGUGCACCAGCACCCGGUCGGACACGAGCUGAUACCAAUCAUUACGAUGGCACCGAACGGGCCCA